AUGCCUAAUAUAACAUCCAUCAUUCAAUGCAAUGAUACAUUGGAUUCAUCUAACACAUGUACAGAACAACCAUUUAUAAAUGUUUCGGCUUGUCAAGACUACAUCAGAAGUACAAGUGUAUUGUGCGCUAUUACAGUAAAUGAUAUAACAACAACACGACGAUCACUUAUCUAUGAAAAUUACGAAACUUAUCUUUCUGAAAAAGUUUACGAAGCACAAUCAAUAAUAAAUAUGGGUUCGAGUAUUUCGCUGAAUGAAACAGCAACUAACGCCUAUGUUGGAUAUACUGAUGCUGCUGCAAGACCUGUUCAAGAAUGUGUUUGUACAAAUUUUCUUUGUAAUCACAAUAUUAGCAUAUGUGUGUCACAAACGGUUUUACAAGUUGAAACAACAAUAUUAACAUAUCCAUCUACAGACAUAUCUUCAGCAGGUCUCACUACAGCAGCGUUUGUCUCAGUAGAACUUUCGUCAAUGUCAAACUCUAUACCGACAUUUACUACUACUACGAUAAGCUCCACAACAACAACAUCUUCCACAACAAUCUCUACAACAGAAGUUUCUUCCACAACAACAACAACAAUUUCUACAACAGAAGUAUCUUUCACAACAACAACCUCUACAACGGAAGCAUCUUCUACAUCAGCAACAACAAGCUCUACAUUGGAAGCAUCUUUUGCAUCAGCAACAACAGGCUUUACAAUGGAAGCAUCUUUUACAUCAGCAACAACUAUCUCUACAACGGCAGCAUCUUCCACAUUAGCAACUAUCUCUACAGCAACGAUAUCUUCCACAUUAGCAACUAUCUCUACAGCAACAAUAUCUUCCACAUUAGCAACUAUCUCUACAGCAACGAUAUCUUCCACAUUAGCUACAGUAAUCAUCACAACGGCAGCGUCUUCUGCAUCAACUAUAGUAACAGAAGCACCGACAACCACACUGAGUUCAAAGCAACCAAAUGUGGUAACAGGUGAAACAGGUCUUGGUCAAGCAGCAGCUGCUGGUAUAGCUUGUGGAAUUAUUUUUUCUGCUCUUAUAUUCACUGGUGAAAUUAUCUUUUUCAAAGUCUUCCAUGCUAGUGGUUCUGAUCGAGCAGUUCGUUAUCAAGCAUAA